AUGUGCAUCGCUGCCGCUUUGUCAGUGAGGCACUUGAAUGAGAAUGAGUGUGACGGCCUGUGGACUUUCGGGACCAACGGCAAACAGUUCUUGAAUGUCCUGGCAGAGGCACGAGUGUGCCAGAUCGCUCGUAGCUAUGGGUGCACGCCUCUCGCAGUGUGGUUGUUGGAUUGCGUCUUUUCCGGCCUCCUUCAUCCUCCCCGGUUCAGAUGCCAUCCAACGGCAAACGCCCCGAGGGCAGCAUGUGACAGUGGAGAGGCACUGCCAGCCUGGGCAAAGCAACUGCUCGAAACUUUGCAGGACUUUGGCCCGCACCUUGAGCAGGAUGCGGCUGCCAAGACAGAGAGGAAAGUAGACGUGAUGGAAGCUGUCUGCGUAGUGUCUCUCGGGGGAGCUGCGAAGACGCAUCUUCUGGACUUCUUCGUGAAGUUGGUCGAUGGGUUGGGGGCACCCACGAUGCUACAAGCUGACGGCAACAAUCCUGUUCGCCGUUACGUUGGCAAUUUUUCGGCUUUAGCCAAGAUGGCAAGCCGGCACCACAAGGUUGUCUACUGCCCUGAUGAGUGGGGCAUGGCGGUGCACCCCGCACGAGGGCCGCCGCCCAAAGGGACUUCAACCACGCAAAUGAUGAGUAUGCAGGAGCUCAUCAAUUUCCUAACACCGGCUGGCGGCGGCAUCAAAGGUGUUGGUGUGGAAAGGCUUCAAUUCUACAUGUUCGAAGACCACAGUGCGGCAACGUUCCGCAUCCGUAAGGCUUUGGUUCCCGAAGAGGUGCUGUUUGCGACCUUUCCUGACGUGUGCAAGGACAGAGCGACGCAGAUGCAGAACAGGAAAUAUGACUGGCUCUUGGAUGCUGUGUGGCUUCGUGACGAAAACUUUGUUGAGUCGCCUGAGCCAGUUAUGCGCAGCGAGCUUGAUGCUGACGCAUAUGAACUUGCCACGUGGCGCAAGGUGGUGUUUGCUGUUCUGCUGCGUGCUGCUUCUGUCGUUACAUGCUCGUCCGACGCUCAGGUUCAGGUGGUGCAACUCGGGGAGAAAGUCUUGCCCUUCCUUCUGAAGUUCAGGGAUAUCGUGGAAAGGCUAAGCCACCACUUGAUGGUGGAGCGCCUAGUUGCAAUUUGCGAGGUCUCAGAUGCCCUGGCUUUGAAGGCUGGCCGAGAGCCGGGCGCGCCGGACUGGGAUUGGCGCGUGCGGAAAAUGGACGUGUGCAAGAGUGCAGGGAGUGGCGGGGUUCAAGCGGCAACGAAGGAUGUCGGAGAUGUGUCGGCCUCAUCCAUUGAUGCAGCUGCGACGUUACUGUUUGCAGCUGUCGCCCAACGCUUUGAUGUCGUCACCUGGGCGAAUGUCCAGCAGCGCUUGCGCCCAAACCAAAAUCGCAGCAUCAUGCUGGCAGGGUUGGAGGUGCUGCGGAAGCAUGGCUGUUUGGUGGAGGUGGAAGUUGCAUUGACUCCUGGAGGUGAAGGUGAAGGAGAUGACGACAGGGCGAAAAAGCGCCGCAAAACAAUCUUGCAGAUGAGCGCCCAGUUGGAACAGCCAAUUGUUGCAGUGAAGCGCUCUGGGCACGACUCCUUUCCGAGCUUCAAAAUGAAGCCACUAGCGGACUGGGCAGCAAAUGAUGCUGUCAUAGAAGCUAUCAAGGCUGAGCAUGCCAGACGUGAUGCCAAGCGGGAGCGUGCAGUCAGGCCGCUCUGCAGAGCACGCAGCGGAAGCUUGGAGAGGAGAACGAGGCAGCGGGCUGGCGCCCAUGUCGCGGCCAAGAUGACGCAAAAACAGACACAGUGUCGCAGCGGGAUCAGGAGUGUGCUACGUGCUGGUUGCGACAUGGAGUCGCGACGCUGGACGCAGCUGUGGAAGCAGCAGUGCCGAGCUCCUCCGAGAGCAGGCUUGGAGGUAGGUGGCUGGAUGUGGGCGAAGAGUGCAGCGCUUGCGGAAACAGAGCUGGUGGGUGGAUAUGCAGUGGCUCUCACGCUCAUGUGGCAUCGUGCGAGGAAGCUCUCCUUGUCGAAGGGAGGGCACAAUGCUGCCAGCAAGCACUACCAUGAGAAAAUGAAAGCAUGGGCCAAGACUGUUGGCGUAGAACGGAGGCCUGUGAUAGCAGGGAACUUUUUGGCAAGAGAAGGGCCUGCCGCCGCCGAAUUUUCAGCCCGAGUGAGAGCUUUCACACGCAAUGGUCAGCGAAUGCCAGCAGGCGAAUUUUUGCAGCACCUUGUUUGCGAACAUUCAGACGGGCUUGCUAGUGUAGAGCCGAGCCAUGUGAAGUAUCGCAAAGGUUCAGUUGUGUUGCCCGAUCCUGCGGGCGAUGGCUUUGUGAUUUUGCGUGUUGAUUGGCAAAGAAAGAUGGUAGAAACUGGUGUGGUUCAUCGCAAUGAUGCAUGUGCAAGACACCCACGCUGUGUCUGCUUCACUAUUGACCAGUAUGAGAAACAGUGGAGGCACAUGAAAGACAUCAAGGGCAAAGUGGUUUGCUUGGCACCUCGCUUCGGGUGGAAGCAUGAUUUCACAUUGGAUUUGAGCAAAGUGUGUUGGCGGCGAGCAGAUCCUAGAGCCUCGGAUGGGUCGACGGACGAUGGCCCCAGCGAAGCUGUUGUAGAACCUGGUGAGUCCUCUGUGACCAUUCUGCGUUGUGCCAAAUUGCUUCAGCUCUGCCGUGUUGACAUGCAACUGCAGCCUUGCGAUUAUCCUUUGCUACGGCGACAUUUCCCUAUUGUCGUUGUGUGGUAUCGAGAUGAGGGCAGCACAUUGGUGUCGCCGCAGCAGUGCAGAUGUGCUCAGUGUGGUGGGGCCAUGAGCCGGAAUGGAUUCCAGGCGCCCAAAAAGCUAGGGCUAGGAAAAGAAAACCUCUUCCAUGUGGUUCUGCCUGUGGCAACCUGUGUGAAGUGCAAGCUGGGACGCGUAAUGGCAACCACCAAAACAGAGUGCAUCCGGCUGCCGCACGGCGCCGUUGCAACAUGUCAAGUAGAUGUGCUGUUGAAACGAGUCGUGCGGAUGAACCUCACUGAUUGGCUGUGCCGUGUCUACCGCAAGCAGUGGAAUCAAGAAGCGCUGCGGGCGCAAUACAUGGACCUGGUGGGGACAAACUUUCAGAACACGGAUGAUGCCAAGAAAACGCGAGUACAGCAAGCCGUUUUUCUUUACCUGAAAGGAGGCAUACCAGAUCCUCGCACCUUGGCCAAGAUCGUGCUCCUUUGCUUCCAACAGGUAGAACUGCCACGCCUUGAGAAUGAGAUUAGAUGGGUUUGUGCUCGCUUUGGAGCAGUUCUCGCAGUGGACGCGUCAUCUGCGCCCCUUCAAGAAGCACGCCAAUACCGUUCCAGAAAGAGGCCCAAGGAUGACCAUGCUCGGCUAGAUCCAGGGCCUGGUGCUGCUAUUAGGGCGUUAGGCUUGUUUGAUGUUCCUCUUUGCCCAGUUGUCUACGCGCGCUCAGAAGGACGCCCGGCUGUGGCUGAGAUGGUCGGGUUCCUGGUAUCGCAAGCAACGAUGGUAGACUCUGACGCGCUGCCGCUGGGGUGGGUGCAAGACAACACGGAAAAGAUGUGGCCAACAAUGGUUCAUGUGGUGACUAAACUGCUGCAUUCUCAUGAAAGGGACGGUAGAAUCAAAGUCAAGAAUGAGACAAAGGAAGUGUCCGGCUUUUUCGUGGGCGUAGAUCCAAAGCACGUCGAGUGGAGACUACAAGACGCAUUGAACUCCCGCUCGGCGGACUUUCUGCAUGCCGCAUGGGCUCUUCGCACACUGUUUGCAAGGGUCUUCAAUGUUCACAUGGUGGAACAAGAUUCCCCUCAAGAUGGUUCCAAUGGAGAGUUGCAAGGGCGGUGGGAAGAGACUUGGGAGGCUUGGAUUCUGAAUAGAGAGGUGCAGAUCUCGGUGAAGAUUGGGCAACGGGCGGCAGCUGCUUUCAGGCAAUGCUUGAACCGUGAGGUGGACGGGCAAGCCAUCUUCCGCUCUGAUGGGUGCGUCCCGCCUCGAGCUUUGAUGUCCAACUUCUUGAGCCUCAUGGGUUGCCACGUAGAGCAGAAAGUUCUGUGGGAGGACAAGGCCACUGGUGAGCUGUAUCUGGAGGAGCUGGCAGCUUUCAGAGCGUGGUUUUCGAAAGCAAUGGCUUCAUCAAGCAAACGUGGGAGCGCACAGCAGUACCGUGGCUUUCAUCGAAGGGGCAAGCUCCGCCGCGAUGACGCUGAGACAGUGCAGGUAUGUCAUGAGUCGGCACUGAAAGCUACGUGGCGAGAUGUUCACAGAUUGCAGAGCCGAGUGGUGGUGGUCAAUGCUUUGGUAGCAGCCCGGGACUUGAAGGCGCUUGUGCUGAGCAUUUGGGGGCCGGGGGCCAUGUCUCUCGGCACUACCGCCGUGGAAAGAACAUGGUGGCCAGAUCACGUGCGGAACAUGAAUCGCACUGCUCGAUGGGCCACAGAUGCCUGGCGGCAAUACCGCGCAGUUGUGGCAUGGAAGCAUGAUGUGAGCACUGUGCUUCGCAAGGCAGAAGAGCCGCUGCGAAAGGGUCGAUCCGGAAGCAAAUUUUUGGAGUCGCUGGAAAAAACUUUAGCGAUGCUGCAGGGCCCACCACGUGAACCUCUCCGGUUGGGAACUUUGGGUGGUAAGGCGGCACGCACCAAUCGUGUCCGUCGCCCACAAGCUGGCGAGAUCUAUGUGGGGCAAUGCCUAGAGAUCUGCGAUGACGACCACGGUGUCGGAGGCCAUGUAAUGAGCCAAAUCUUAGAUGCCAUUAUGUUUCUUUGUUCGCACCAUGUACUGCUGCAGGAUAUUUCCCCGUGGUAG